GAGAGGAGGGGGGCCUUGGCGUAAAAAGGUUGUGAACCAAAGGCGAGGCUUUUGGCAUCUCAAACAAGCCUAAUAACAAUGGCUGAAGUGGAGCGAUGCUGAAACCAGAGCGAUGCUGACAAUCUGUGCAAACGCUGAAAUGAACCACCAGCUCAGCCGCCGCCAGGAAUCAGGCACAGCAACUGUUUAUGAGAGAAUAACUCAAAUAAGUGCAGUCGAGGGGUACAUGAAUAGGCCUACAUUAGAUGUCUCGUGGUUUCACUUUGUAUUCACUGGACUGUCCGUAAUGUGUGUGGCAGUGUGAGAGAACACAGUGCGAGGAAUACCUGAAGAACUAAGUCAUUUAAAGAAGGCCUAUAUGAACAGAGCUCUACUUGCAUGCAUUAUAACAUAUUUUAAUAUUUUAAAAUGGAUCUCGUUUUCUCUUUCUUCAUGUAUUUCUGUGUAGUUUUGUCUCCUCCCUCGUCUCUUCUUGAAGUGUUAAUGACUGUUUAACAGGAAGUCUCUGUUUUAGCACUCGCAGCACUGUUAAAACAGUGCAUUAAUGUGACAGUAUGGGGUCCAGUGCACUGCCUCUCAUACUCUUGCUGGUGUCCCUCAUCCACUCUGGAGUCAAUCAAGAUGAUGGAGAUUUACCCACAUCUAAACUGACUGUGACACCAAACACAACUGUAUUCACUGGAGAGACAGUCAAUCUGAAGUGUGAGAUAAACUCUGAUCACACUGACUGGACAUAUGAGUGGUAUAAAGGCAGUGCAGACAAUAAAAUGACGUUAAAAGAGCAUGAUCAUUACAAUGUAAAUGGAGACACUCUCAGUUUUGUUGGAGCUAUUACAUCUGAUCUGGAUCAGUACUGGUGUAAAGGAGAGAGAAAUGGAAGUCCAAAGUCAUCACAAUCAAGCUCUGCUGUUUCUCUCUCUGUGAAGGAUUUACCCACAUCUACACUGACUGUGACACCAAACACAACUGUAUUCACUGGAGAGACAGUCAAUCUGAGGUGUGAGAUAAACUCUGAUCACACUGACUGGACAUAUGAGUGGUAUAAAGGCAGUGCAGACAAUAAAAUUACGUUAAAGGAGCAUGAUCAUUACAAAGCAAAUGGAGACACUCUCAGUAUUGUUGGAGCUGUUACAUCUGAUCUGGAUCAGUACUGGUGUAAAGGAGAGAGAAAUGGAAGUCCAAAGUCAUCACAAUCAAGCUCUGCUGUUUCUCUCUCUGUGAAGGAUUUACCUACACCUACACUGACUGUGACACCAGACAGAUCUGUAUUCACUGGAGAGAGAGUCAAUCUGAAGUGUGAGAUAAAGUCUGAUCACAGUGACUGGAGAUAUGAUUGGUAUAAAGGCAGUGCAGACAAAAAUAUGAUGUUAAAGAAGCCUGAGCAUCACACUGGAGACACUCUCAUUAUUCAAACUGCUACAUCUGAUGAGGGUCAGUACACCUGUAAAGGACACAUAGAUGGAAGACCAGUUUCAUCACAUUCAAGUUCUGCUGUUUCUCUCUCUGUGAAGGAUUUACCUACACCUACACUGACUGUGACACCAGAUGGUCCUGUAUUCACUGGAGAGAGAGUCAAUCUGAAGUGUGAGAUAAAGUCUGAUCACAGUGACUGGAGAUAUGAUUGGUAUAAAGGCAGUACAGACAAAAAUGUGAUGUUAAAGAAGCUUGAGCAUCACACUGGAGACACUCUCAUUAUUCAACGAACUUCUACAUCUGAUGAGGGUCAGUACACAUGUAAAGGACACAUAGAUGAAAGAUCAGUUUCAUCACAUUCAAGCUCUGCUGUUUCUCUCUCUGUGAAGGAUAAACCAAAACCAAAUCUGACUGUACGUCCCCAGAGUUCAGUGUUCACUGGAGACACAGUUACUCUCAGCUGUGACAUGGGACAGUCAACUGGAUGGAAGUUUCUCUGGAGGAAAGACUCAAACCGUGAAUCCACUGAUGGAGCAACUAAAACAAUCAGUUCUGUGAGAGUCUCUGAUGGAGGAACAUACAAGUGCAGAGCAGAGAGAGGAAACUACUACACAGAGCUCAGUGAUAAAAUUAAGAUAACAGUGAGAGAGAGACCCAAACCUGUAGUGCGUGUUCAGCCUGAUGGACGUGUGUUUAGAGGAGAGACGGUCACUCUCACGUGUGGCAUACAGGAGACAGGAGUCUGGCAGUACAGCUGGUAUAAAGAUCAAUACAGCAGAGGACAAGUCCAGAACUAUAAUAUCACAUCUGUGGAUCGGUCUCAUGCUGGUGUGUACAGCUGUAGAGGAACCCAGACUGAAGCCCCACAGUACUCACAGUUCAGUGACGGAGUUACACUGACAGUAUCAGAUUUACCCACAUCUACACUGACUGUUAAUCCAGAAAAUCACAAUCCUGUAUUCACUGGAGAGAGAGUCAAUCUGAAGUGUGUGAUAAAGUCUGAUCACAGUGACUGGAGAUAUGAUUGGAAUAAAGACAGUUCAAAGUUACAGACGUCUGAGCGUUACACUGUAAACAGAGACACUCUCAGUAUUGUUGAAGCUGUUGAGUCUGAUCAGGGUUGGUACACGUGUGAAGGUCACAUAGAUGGAAGAUCAGUUUCAUCACAAUCAAGCUCUGUUUAUCUCUCUGUGAAGGAUUCACCCACAUCUACACUGACUGUGACACCAGACAGAUCUGUAUUCACUGGAGAGAGAGUCAAUCUGAAGUGUGUGAUAGAGACUUACAGUGGCUGGAGACAGAGAAAUUACCAGAUAUAUCAGAGAGACUGGACACAUGAGUGGAGAUAUGAGUGGUAUAAAGGCAGCAGAUCCAGUGUGAAGUUACAGAAGUCUGUGCGUUACACUGUAAAUGGAGACACUCUCAGUAUUGUUGGAGCUGUUGCAUCUGAUCAGGGUCAGUACUGGUGUAGAGGACUGAGAAAUAACAGACCAAACACAUCACAAUCAAGCGCUGCUGUUUCUCUCUCUGUGAAGGAUAAACCAAAACCAAAUCUGACUGUACGUCCCCAGAGUUCAGUGUUCACUGGAGACACAGUUACUCUCAGCUGUGACAUGGGACAGUCAACUGGAUGGACAUUUCUCUGGAGGAAAGACUCAAACCGUGAAUCCACUGAUGAAGAAACUAAAACAAUCAGUUCUGUGAGUGUCUCUGAUGGAGGAACAUACAAGUGCAGAGCAGAGAGAGGAAACUACUACACUCUGUACAGUAAUGUUAAGAUAACAGUGAGAGAGAGACCCAAACCUGUAGUGCGUGUUCAGCCUGAUGGACGUGUGUUUAGAGGAGAGACGGUCACUUUCACAUGUGACAUACAGGAGACAGGAGUCUGGCAGUACAGCUGGUAUAAAAAUCAAGAUUACAGCAGAGGACAAGACCAGAUCUAUUACAGCAGAGGACAAGACCAGAACUAUAAAAUCACAAAUGUGGAUUGGUCUCAUGCUGGUGUGUACAGCUGUAGAGGAACCCAGACUAAAGCCUCACAGUACACAGAGAAGAGUGAUAAAGUUACACUGACAGUAUCAGAUUUACCCACACCUACACUGACUGUGACUCCAGACAGAUCUGUAUUCACUGGAGAGAGAGUCAAUCUGACGUGUGAGAUAAAGUCUGAUCACAGUGACUGGAGAUAUGACUGGAAUAAAGACAGUGCAUUGUUACAGGCAUCUGAGCAUUACACUGUAAACAGAGACACUCUCAGUAUUGUUGAAGCUGUUGAGUCUGAUCAGGGUUGGUACACGUGUAAAGGUCACAUAGAUGGAAGAUCAGUUUCAUCACAGUCAAGCUCUGUUUAUCUCUCUGUGACGGAUUUACCCACACCUACACUGACUGUGACACCAGACAGAUCUGUAUUCACUGGAGAGAGAGUCAAUCUGACGUGUGAGAUAAAGUCUGAUCGCAGUGACUGGAGAUAUGAGUGGAAUAAAGACAGUGCAUUGUUACAGGCAUCUGAGCGUUACACUGUAAACAGAGACACUCUCAGUAUUGUUGAAGCUGUUGAGUCUGAUGAGGGUCAGUACACGUGUAAAGGACACAUAGAUGGAAGAUCAGUUUCAUCACAGUCAAGCUCUGUUUCUCUCUCUAUGAAGGGUCUAAAGCCAAAGCCUGAACUCACAUCAGAUCCUGCAGGAGCUGCACUGACAGGAAACACAGUGAAUUUGACCUGUGGCAUGGAUCCGUCCACUGGAUACUGGGACUUUUACUGGUACAAACACACACUGAACCCUGAGACAGAGAAGACAGAAACAAACUCCUACAGACUGAAGAUUGAUUCAGUGUCUGAUGGAGGCCAUUACUGGUGUAGAGCUGGAAGAGGGAAACCAGUCUAUUACACAAACUACAGUGAUGCACUGUGGGUCAAUGUUACAGAGAGUCCUAAAGCUGUGCUGACGGUACGACCUGAUGAACGAGUGUUCAGAGGAGAAACAGUCACUCUCAGAUGUGAUAUGAAGUGGGGAGGAAACACUGAGUGGACAUACAGAUGGGAAAUAAAUGGAACCUACAACUUGAAUAUAAACUCUGCCAAAUGUACAAAACAAGAGUGCUGCACCAGUGGAGUCAAUAAACAGAAACACAGAGAAGCUGUCAGUCUGUGCUCAACACAAGAGUUGAACAUCAGCAGUGUUGAUCGCUUUCACAGUGGUAAAUACACCUGUACAGGACUGAUAAACACUCAGAUCUCUCAGCGCAGUGAUGCUGUUACACUGACUGUAUCAGAUAAAGCUCAGGCAGCAGUGCGAGUGUCUCCACAGCCGUGGCUGACUGAAGGAGAAUCAGUGACUCUGAUCUGUGAGGUUUCAGGCUCCUCUACAGGCUGGACGUUCAGCUGGUUCAGAGAUCAUGAUCUUCUGUCAGACAGCAGCAGAGGAGCUGGAGGAUCUUACACUCUCAGUCCUGCUGCUCUACAGCACACAGGAGUUUAUACGUGCAGAGCAGAGAGAGGACGACCAGCCUAUUACACACACAACAGCAGCACACAGCCACUGUGGGUCACUGGUGUUUCUGCUUCAGUGUCUCUGGUCAUCAAUCCCAGCAGAAGUCAACACUUCUCAUCUCGCUCUCUCACUCUGAGCUGUGAGGAUCAGAGUAACUCUGCUGGAUGGACAGUGAGAAGAUACACAGACAAAGACACAAAAACUUGUUCAACACAAACAGGAUCUGCAUGUAAAAUCGAGUCUCUCAGCACAUCUGACACUGGAGUGUACUGGUGUCAGUCUGAAUCUGGAGAGAAACAUCAUCCUCGAAACAUCACUGUACAUGAUGGUGAAGUGAUUCUGGUGAGUUCUGUUGAUCCUGUGAUUGAGGGAGAGACUCUGACUCUACACUGUUUACAUCGAUCUACAAACUCCUCGAACAUCAGCGCUGAUUUCUAUAAAGACGGAUCACUGGUCCAGAAUCAGACAACAAGAGAGAUGAGCAUCACUACUGUCUCAAAGUCACAUGAGGGUUUCUACUACUGUAAAACAGAGAGAGGACAGUCACUCCACAGCUGGAUCUCAGUCAGAGCUCCUCAAUCAUCAUCUCUUCUGGUCAUUGGUGUUUCUGUAGGAUUGAGUUUUUUCUUGUUGUUCCUCAUUUCACUGGUUCUGCUGUGGAGACACAAAAACAACAAAGAUCAGCACCGUAACACUCAACAGACAUCAGUCCCAACUCGAUCUGGAGAAUCUCAUAUGGAAAACUCACCUCUGCAGCCUGGUUCUGAUCACAUUUAUGAUGAAGUGACUCCAAUGAAUAAGAGAGAUAAAGCAGGUUCUGAUCACAUUUAUAAUGACGCGACUCCACUGAAUAAGAGAGACAAAGAGCCAUUGGAAGAUGUCACAUAUUCAGAAGUCACUGUUAAGAAAAAUAUACCUGUGGAUAAAGGUUAAAACCCUCUUCACUACACCUGGACAAUAAAGUCAUAAGUCAUUAACCAAUGACACUGAUAGUGUCUGUAUUUAGAUUGCAUAAAAUAUGAAUAGAUAUUUUUAGGAAUUUACUAAUUUUUCCAGAUGAUACCACGGCAGAGUCAAAUAAUGUGAUGUACUCAGAAGUUGGAACAAAAGUAAAGAAGUUCAAAAGCAAA